UCAGAUUUCAGUCUUUACUCAUAUAGACACACUACCUUUCGAUUUUGUUACUUUGACUUUGAAACGUAGAGAGUGUGAAAUAAAGUUACUUAAUACUUUGAUUAACAGUUUAGUGAACAGGCGAAAAGUUGUCAUGCAAAACUCUUCACGUGUCAUUUAAUCGCAAAGCUAGGUCUUUCUCUGACCUGAAAUUUCUUCAACGGAAAUUUUCUUAUAAAUGUGCGUGUUAUUAAUACAUUUAUGUAAAAAAAGCUGAAUAGUCACAUAUUCAAGAAUACCUAUCCCAAAAUAAUCGAAAAAAUAGUAAUAUUCAAACAAUGGGAAAUAUCGUUUGCUCUGACAACCAAGCUACGAAACAUUGUGACAAUAAUUGUGGCCACAACGAAUGCAGUACACAUGCGCACCGACAACCACAUUCACAUCAUUCGACAAAGCAAUCAAAUAGCAAGCGCAUAAAUACGUUCGACACAGUUGAGUACGCUCUGUCGAAAGGAACAGCAACCGAAUUUGGUGAGAGUAACUACGUAAACAACUACUGCCGCAUCAACUGUAGCAAGUAUAAUUCAGUUAAUACGAGUUUUGAGAAAUCAGCUGAUUCAGACGUGAGAAAUAUGAGUUCUGACCACAACUGCCGUGAUCGAUUGGGACUUUGGGGGAAUGAUUCAGAAGUGGCAUCAGCUAUCAGCGGCCUGAAUCGUUUACGUUUUUCCCGUUACAACAAGGGCUUGGCUUUUACGCGGGAAGAACGACAAUUGCUCGGAGUCCAUGGAUUUUUGCCAGCUGUAGUGAAAAGUGAAGAGGAACAAGUUAAACACUGUGUUCUUUUGCUAGAUCGUUAUGAAAAUGACUUGGAUAAAUUCAUCUAUCUCAUGGGUCUCUACGAUCGCAAUGAACGUUUAUUCUUUCGUGUGUUAGCAUCGGAUAUCGGUCGAAUGAUGCCACUAGUUUAUACACCAACAGUCGGUCUCGCUUGCCAAAAAUAUAGUUUGAUCUAUCAAUACCCAAAAGGUCUAUUUAUAACAAUCCACGACAAGGGUCAUGUAUAUGACAUCUUGAAAAAUUGGCCUGAAACCGAUGUUCGUGCGAUUGUUGUAACCGAUGGAGAGCGCAUUUUGGGAUUAGGUGAUUUGGGAGUCAAUGGAAUGGGAAUUCCAGUGGGAAAAUUAUCCUUAUAUACUGCUUUGGCUGGAAUAAAGCCCCAUCAAUGCUUGCCAAUCACUUUGGAUGUUGGAACCAACACACAAAGCAUUUUAGAUGAUCCACUGUAUAUUGGUCUGCGUCAAAGACGAGUAACUGGUCAAGAAUACGAAGAUUUUGUGGAAGAAUUCAUGCAAGCAGUUGUGAGGCGUUUCGGUCAAAAUUGCCUAAUCCAAUUCGAAGACUUCGGCAACGCCAACGCAUUUUCCCUAUUGAAUAAGUACAGAGGCAGCUACUGUACAUUCAAUGAUGAUAUCCAGGGCACGGCUUCAGUGGCAUUAGCGGGUGUUCUAUCAUCAUUGAAAGCAACUGGUACUAAAUUAAAGGAAAAUACAAUACUAUUCCAAGGUGCUGGUGAAGCUGCACUCGGAAUUGCAAAUUUAUGUGUAAUGGCGAUGCGCAAAGAAGGUCUAAGUGAAGAUGAUGCCGUUAAACGUGUUUGGCUUGUUGAUAGUAAGGGAUUGAUUGUGAAAGGUCGUCCAAAAGGGGGUAUUAACGAACAUAAAGCUCAAUUUGCCCACGAACAUGAACCUGUGGAUACGUUGACUGAAGCAGUCGAUGAAAUUAAGCCCACUAUAUUAAUUGGUGCAGCCGCGAUCCCAGGCGCUUUUACUCCCGAAAUAUUGGCAAAAAUGGCAGAACUUAAUGCCAAACCCGUGAUUUUUGCUCUUUCAAAUCCAACUAGCAAAGCCGAAUGUACAGCUGAGGAUGCAUAUACCUAUACAAAUGGAAAAUGUAUUUUUGCAUCAGGAUCACCAUUUCCACCAGUCGAAUAUAUGGGUAAAACCUAUUAUCCUGGCCAAGGUAACAAUUCCUAUAUUUUCCCUGGGGUCGCAUUGGGUGUGAUUUGUGCUGGCGCGUUGACCAUUCCUGAAGACAUAUUUCUUGUGUCUGCUGAACGAUUGGCUAGCCUAGUAACUGAUGCCGAUUUAGAUGUGGGCAGUUUGUAUCCACCAUUGGAUACCAUUCGUGAUUGCUCUGUGACGAUCGCUGUUGCAGUCAUGAAUUAUGCAUAUGAGAAAGGAUUGGCAAGCGUUCGUGAGCCAGCAAAUAAAGAAGAAUUCAUCAAAUCCCAGAUGUACGAUCUCAGCUAUCCAUCAGCGAUUCCUGUAACUUAUCCAUGGCCGAAACUAUGAAAUAUUCUUAAAUAACAUUUCUAUCCCGAAUUUUGAAAAUAUUAUUAUUGCCUUUUGAAUUGAUUCAAAUGACUUCAGGAAGACGACUUCAAGUUCUUUAUAUUUUGCAGAUGAACAGUUCAACAUAACCUAAUUAUUAUUUAUUAUUUUUUUGUAAAUGUGCUUUAAUUUUAUUUGGUGGUCAGAACUCAUUUCCAAAAAUCCAUCUUUUUACAAAAGCCAAAACCGUAACAUAUUAUUUGUCCAAAAUUGGUAUUUUCAAUUAAUAAUAAAAAAGUAAAAAAAGUAAAAA